AUGUCCCCGAUUCUGGACUUCAACGCUGAGGCUGCGAAGCAUCUCAAGCUUCUCAGCCUCAAUGAAUACAGCGCAACAAGCUCGUCAGUCUCUGGUAAGUCCCAGUUACCAGAAGAGAUGGUGACUGCCCCGCUUUUCUCAUUGCCUGCACGCAGUGUUCUGUCCGCAAAAGACCACGGAGAAUCCUCCAGUCAUUCCGAGAACCAGGUCUAUCCUCAAUAUGGUCUCCUCGGUCAUCGUCUCGACACCUUUCCGCAGGGUAAUACCCAGAACUCUCUGGUGUAUACCAACACUGCAGCCCCGUGGUCUACCUUCAUCUGUGGCAGUCAGGGUAGUGGAAAGAGCCAUACUCUGUCGUGUCUGCUGGAAAACUCUUUGAUCGCCUCUUCGCCUGCUGGAAGACUCACCGCACCUCUCGCCGGUGUGGUCUUUCACUAUGACAAGUUUACGGGCUUUUCAAACACCCAACUUUGUGAGGCUGCUUACCUUUGCUCCUCUCAAAUUCCCGUUCGUGUGCUUGUGUCUCCAACGAACUUCAUGGCCAUGAAGAACGCCUACAACAAUCUUGUAGGACUGGGAAAGGUUUCCAAUAUGCUGAAGGUUGAACCGAUGUACCUUCCAAUGAAAGGACUGAACAUCAGCAUGAUGAAGACGCUGAUGGGAAUUGACAACGUCUCAAACCAGCCUCUCUAUAUUGAGGUGGUGAUGAAGAUUCUUCGAGAUAUGGCGAUUGCAAAUCAAGGACGUGAGAAAUUUGACUACACCAUGUUUCGCAAGGAGCUUGAGGCCGAGAAUUUCACGACGGCUCAAAAGGUUCCCCUCCAGAUGCGUCUGGAUGUGCUGGAAUCCUUCUUCGAGCCCGGCACUAUGCCCAACGGUAGUGUGAAGCCCAAGAAGCAAUCUCUUGCGAAUGACAUCUGGAAGUUUCCCAAGGGCUCUCUCACUAUCAUUGAUCUGAGCUGCCCAUUUGUUGGUCCGGAUGAUGCAUGUGCCUUGUUCAACAUCUGCAUCUCGCUCGUGCUGAAGGAUCGCCAUGAAUCGGGAAGAAUCCUGGCGUUUGAUGAGGCUCAUAAGUUCCUGACGUCAACAUCCGCCGAAGCAAUGGAAUUGACGGAAAGUCUUCUCUCCAUCGUACGACAACAGCGACACCUGGGCACACGCGUCCUCAUCGCCACCCAGGAGCCCACUAUCUCGCCGAACCUCCUUGACCUUUGCAAUCUAACCAUCAUCCACCGCUUUACCUCCCCGGCCUGGUUCAAAGCGAUCAAAGCCCACAUCGCUGGAGCUUCCGAUAAGGCCGAGGCCAAAGACGCGCUGGAGCGGGACCUCUUCCGGAAAAUUGUUCAUUUGAAGACCGGCGAAGCAUUGCUUUUCUGUCCGACCGCUCUGCUGGAUAUCAUGAGACGAAGUGAUUCUACUAGCAGCGACUCCGAACAGACUACGGAUGAUGAGGAUGUCACUACUGGCAACCACUAUGCCGUUCAACUAGGGGCUGGUCAUGUCCAUAUUCGUGUGCGCAAGCGUGUCACUGCAGAUGGUGGUCGGAGCAUCAUUACGCAGUGA